ACCCCCACCCUUCCGUUCCCCCACCAGGAAAGGCUUCUACGUCUCGGCCCACCUGGAGGAGGCCCUCGGGAAGUCGAACGUGACGCAGGUGGAUGGCGUGACGGAGUUCGACAAGACGUUCUUCCCCCGAGGCAUCAUGCUGAAGAAGGGCGCGUUCAUGCAGAGGGAGAACUACGCGGAAUUCCUCGAGGUGGUGGCCAAGCACGGCGCCGAUAGUUUCUAUGCACUGAAUUUCGGCGUGGAAGAGAUGGAAGCACUGAAAGAAAGUGGCGCCGAAAUCCAUGUGAAAGAUUUUGAUGAUUAUGAGCCCCGAGAACGCCCAUGCAUACACAUGUCACUGAAUAACAUGUCUGUGUUCACCGCCCCAGCGCCUUUUGGAGGACCGCAGUUACUGACGGCCUUGCAACUCCUUCGCAACACGAAUUUAACGACGCAUUUGCCGCUGUCGAACUUCUACCACUCCUUUAUUGAAGCUAUUAGGAGGAGCUACGCCGGUUUCGUCAGCUUAGCCGAUGCAGAGGAGGCGGAAUUACAGAACCUGACCCACGCAUUGCUGCAGUCGACGUCCACCGAAUGGAUUGAUCAGACGGUCACGGUGGCCGACCCAAAUGUCUUCCGACUUCCUGAACAGACUGCCUCUUCGGUGUCUGUUAUAGAUACCUUUGAUCGAUAUGUUACUCUGAUUGCGUGAGUAGCCAAAA